AUGCAGUGUCGGCUCGAUUUACAAAACAUCCUGACGACACACUGUAUGUUCGUGAAGGAAGAGCUGCUACGUUUGCGUGGGACUACUUUGUUAAUGAUCGUGACAGAGAGUUUGAUUCUCUAUCACCAAUUUGGUAUUUUCAUAACUCCAGUUUCGUAAUUGGGUUUUGCAAUGGUUUUAUUGGAUGGAAAUUUAUGGUUGCAAAGAGCUCAUGCCCAUCUCGAUUACAAAAUAAAGUGUGGUUGGAAGAAACUCCAAGAUUUACUUCCAUACCUCAUUCAAAAGAGAUUGCUUUCGAGUACUCAGACUUGAGCUUCACCUGUACGGCGGUUGGCACUCCGACACCAAAUGUCACGUGGAUGCAAGUUAGUGAUUCUACCUCCCUUAGCAAAGGUCUAGGGAGUGUAGUACUUCUGAUACGUAAUAUAAACAGAAGGCAGAGUGGGGCAUACGAGUGCCAGGCAGUGAAUAACCCAAACGAGAUUCCCGUUAUCGCUACAAGUAUAGUUACCGUCUAUUAUAAACCAACGAUUAGACGAGAUUCGUCUACAAAUAACAUCACAUCCUGGGCUGGUAACACGAUAACCCUCAGGUGUAAAUGGUCCAGUUCACGUCCAAAUCCAACCUGGAAAUGGUAUAAACCCAACGGUGACCGCAUCAUCAAAGUAGUUACCAUUCCUAAUGGUAGUGAGGUGAGAGUACUGACAGGACAAGAAAACGAUGACUAUGGGAUGUAUAGAUGUAAAGCAACAAAUAUUGCUGGGAUUGACUGGCAUAACAUAUCCGUUACUCGUCUCUUUUCUCCUGGUCCACCAGUCAUUGAUGUGGUAGGUAUACAACCAUCAUCCGUCAUGAUUAUCUGGACAAGAUCGUUGAGCAAUGGCGGAACUCCAGUCAAUAGUUACAAACUUCUGAUCAAUUCUAAGACAUGGUACGUCAAUUCAUCAAAAAUACUGGGCUAUCAAAAAAUCACAGGUCUACAGGAACAAACCGAGUACAAAAUUACAGUACUGGCUGGAAAUAUUGCAGGAUAUGGUGAUACCUCUGUCAAAGUGUUCAACACAACUAAACAUGAAACGAAAAGCAAGCCAAGCCCUGUUUCAACGCAAGAUAAUUGCAGUACUAAAGUUGGUGUACUGGCCGCGUUGGCUCUUUCGUUGAUAACCAUUGUCAUACACUUAGCCUUCAUGAUAUUGAAACAUAGGAGGACGACCUCACAAAACUCAAAACUACAAGAACAAAAAGAAGUAGUGUAUGAAAAUUCAGAUGCCAUUGGAAUGGGUCACUUGGCAUCCUCAUCAAGUCCUUCAUUGACAACCAACCAAAAGUCCAAUAAAACGGCAUUGCCUACCGACGCAAGGARCCCAAAUCAAGAACAUUAUCAACAGCUAAACCCAAGAACGCUACAAAGCUCUACAGCCACAGCACCAACUUAUGAACCCCUACGUAAAAAUGAUGCAGUGGUUGCUACACGCAAAGGGCAACACACGCACUAAUCGUUACAAAGGUGCACAUGUUGUAACCAAAUUCUCAAACGCACUCUAAUAAAACCACCCGUGAUUGAAUUCAGUAAUAAUUCUGGUUGGCAUAUACUGAUUUUCCAAUAUUACGUAUCGGAUAAGGCUAUGACAAAGCAAACAAAAUAGAAGA